AUGACAUCAAAGCAGAACACUAUGGCCACCAAAAGAGUCGGCUUGAUCUCCGACAUGCCCAAAGAAGGAUUCUUCAACAAGAAAAACGAAGCGCUUCUGUCGCCACCCGAGAGUGAAAUCGAGUCUCAUAUUGCUUGUGCUGACCAGCAAUAUGUCUUAAGCGUCCAAAAGGAUGUCGGGAACAUGCUCGAAGCCUCCAAAGCCAAAUUACGUGGCCAUUCACUUCAGAGUAGGGCAGCGUCUAGACCCUCAGUAGAUCCUCUUCCUAGAAAGUUACUAAAGGAUAUGACUGACGCAGAGCUCCAGCAAACUAUGCGCAGAUCAUCCAGAGAACUCUUUGGAGCAUUCGCCCCGCCGCUGGAUCUCCUGCAGUAUCUCCACGGUUACGAUCCAAACGUUCUGACUAGCCAGGAGAUGGACCACGUGCAUUCCACUACUCUUCUGGGAGCAGAUGAGCAAGGCGCGGUACGGAUGUACGACCUUAUGCAGAAGUAUGAAUCCUGGUUGCCCUGUAGCGUAGACGUGCUGCGUGAUGGCCGCGUCGGUAUGGAGGAGUUUGCGGAUCUAUUACAGCUUCGUGUUGGGCUAGAAAAGGCCACUAACGCUAUUCUAGAAAAUGCCGACAACGCGGAACGAAUUUAUACGCUCCUUAUCAAUAAACUGGCCAUGCUGCUGAAGCCACUAGAGAUCUUACACUUGUUUCACAAAUACGACCCCAACGUGCUGGUCCAGGAUGAUAUU